CUACUGCAUAAAAAACCCUUGGAAACUGUCCAACUGAGUUUAUUUAUAGAUGUGUGAACGCGGUUUCAUAAAGAAAUAUAUUGUAAUUACAUGGUAAUUAAAAUACAGCAGUAUACAGUAAAGCGCAUGUCAUUUCGACCGAGGCACGUGAACAUUUGUGACACAGCAGCUGAGAUGUAGCAGGCCUUCUACACGUGAUCGCAUUUGGAUUCGUCUAUUGAUUGUAGGUUAAGGGAGAUCAUGCGCACAUAAACACAUAACCAUUUUGUGGAAUAAUCCGGUGAGUUGGGUAUCUGUGUCCGCCACCACCUUAAUUAAUUAGUGAUUAAAUGAUUGAGGCAGAGGAUGGACACGACAUGAGAUAUAUCGAGACAUGCUUAUGGACUAGGGCACAUUUUACAGAAAAUGAUAAUUCAAAUUACAAAAUCUCAGUGAUCAAUAUAUCUUCAAACACUCAAACUGUGUUGAUAGUCAGUCAACUGGAACAAUCGAGUCCACUUGCGAAGUGAUUUCGAAAUGGCAGUUUGUUUGGAAAAGAUGUACUACGGAUGGGUGGUGGUGCUUUCAGCGGCCGUCAUAAGAAUUCUCGUCUACGGCAUUUCCUUCACUUCUGGUGUAGUUUAUGUUGUUAUUCUGGAGAACUUCAAGACCGGUGUGGCAGAAACGUCAUGGAUUUCGUCACUUAUUACCGCCAUGACGUUUAUAAUUAGUAAGUAUCAACGGACGAUACAGUUAAUAGGAGGAAAAUGGUAGAUUUGCGAAUUUUCAGGGAAUAUGCCCCCGAGAAGAAAAAGCGAGCUCCCUUAGCCGGUGUGUUGGUCAACAAAUUCGGAUGGCGUGUGGUUUCGUUUGGCGGGGGACUGUUGACGUGUUGUGGUCUUCUUUUGAGCACUCUGUCCACCAACCUCUUCAUGCUCUGUUUGUUUUAUGGAGUUGUGACAGGUGCAGGCUUAGGAAUCGCGUACAUGGGUGGAAGUCUCGCCGUGCCGAGGUAUUUUCAGCACAAGAAGAUUCAGAACCUUGCCGUUGGUGUGGCGUCAGCAGGCGGGGGAAUUGGUACCUUUAUUUUCCCACCAAUCAUUCGAUUUUUGGAUAAUGAAUAUGGAUGGAAAGGAAUGUUUAUGAUUUUGGCAGGAAUUUCACUUAAUAUCUGUGUGUUUGGUCUGUUGUAUCGCCCCCUUCCAAAUAAAGACGAAAACAAAAAUCCGACGAGAAAGAAGAGGCGAAGUUCUACCCAUGUACCAGAACCUAACGACUGGAGCUUUCUUAAAAGUUCGGUUUUCCAUUUCGUUGCGAUGAAUAAUUUUUUAUAUGCAUUUGGUGCCUCCAUCAUAUACGGACAUCUUGCAGCAUACGCAGAGUUUCAUAUGCAUUUAAACAAAAACGAAGCUGCCGUUUUAUACUCAGUAAUUGGGAUCUCCGUCACAAUCGCAAAAGUCACCCAGGGACUUGUUGCAGAUUUUCACAAAGUCCACCCCAUCUUCAAAGCCAUUAAUCAGUACAUUCUUUUCUAUUUCCUCGGUGGCCUUGCGACGCUCUUGUUGUUGGUGGACACUGGUUAUGCCGGGCUAUUGGUGUACUGUGUCUUCUUUGGUGCGAGCUCAGCCGCCAACGGUGGGUCUUUAAUUCCAGCAAUACUGAUGGAAAUAUUUGGACAAACUAAACUUUCACUUCCAUAUGGAGUAGUUUUAGCUGAAAUGUCUAUAGGACAUGUUCUGGGAGCACCUGCCGCAGGUUGGAUGUACGAGCAUGGGAAGAAUUACCACCAUCCUUUCAUAGUGGCAUCUGUGUCCAUGAUACUUAGUGCAGUCGUUAUGUGGUACCCACGUCGAUACCUGAUGAGUCCUCGAGAAACCUUAAUGAUAUUAGACAUCGAAAGCCCGACUGAAGAGGAAAAAUGCGAGAAAUAUUUUGAUGAAAAAGAGUCAUCAGAAGCCACGCGUUUCAUCAGAAUCAAGAAUGCAAAAUGUCUACAGUCGCCUAACAUAGAAAAAGAAGCGACUAUCAAAAUAAAUCAUAAUCACAUCAAAGGAGAUGUAACAAGUUUUCUAAUAGCAGAUGAGAAGGAAAUUCAACGGGUUGAGGAAAACAUGACUGAGAUGACCACUUUAAUUUCAUCAGAAACAGAUGUAAAAACCGGAAAUGAUACAGACAUCCCUAAUUAAGUCAAGCGACAGUCUUCCGGAAUAAUGGUGUUAUAGUGCGAGCUUUGUGUUUGCUGACAAUAUUGAAGGUCAGGGAGUUUCAACAUUGAGUCAUCAGAAAAUGGGACUUUGUAGUGAAACACGUUACGUAACUCGGAAAUGAAGGAAGAGGUAGAGCAGUAGCUAUUCAAUAUCUGUACACUUGCAAUUUGAGUUUACAUUUCUGAAGUCAAAAUAUGUUUUGACUUGCAAUGGCGUACAUAUUCUGUAAAUGCUAAAUACGUUGUAUAUUCUCACAUGAUCUGAGUAAAUCUAUAAAGUAUACUACAAUGGAACGGGAGAAAUUCUGAAGUACAUUAUGGUAACGCUCAAAAACUAUUUUUUCUGACUUUAAAUUGUGUAAAAUUUCAAAAGGUCAUUUCUCAGAAUCCCUUAUUUCACGUUAAAAAAAAUCUAAAUUUUCCCCACUUCGGCGCUGCUCGUCUCAGUUGAAGCCUUAGGCUUCAGAUGAUCAAAUACUAUUAUGCGCCACUGACAUAGUGCAUAUAUAUUUUAUUGUGUCGUUAAUUAAUUUAUCAAUUAAUGAUAUCAAAUACCAAGUCUUCGUACAAAAAAACAUGGGUCGCUCCAAUCACUUACUCCUUUAGAUGGCACCUUAUUUAAUACUCGCAUAGAAUCUCAAUAUUCAUGAAGCAACAUUGCGUUGUAUCAUAUCACGUAUCAAACAAUUUUGAUUUUAUACGUGAAUAAUUUUUAUAAAAAUAGCUUAAUUAAAAUAUAUCCAUCCUUUUAUUUAUUAAGUAAUAAAUGUUUUUUUACCCAAUUUGAUUCGUACUCGAAAUAGGUCUGUCCAGAUGUUAUCCCAUUCCUGUGUAUACAGCUAUUGAUAUAUGAUAUGACAUACGUAUUUUGUAUUUGCUGACAUUUUAAUAUAUAUAAAGUGAUGUUAUAUUUUAAUGUUAAAUGGCCCACCAUGUUUAUUUUUGUUAUAUUGACGAGGUAGGAAAAUAAUUUAUGAUUUGAAAUAUGUAUGUGUACACCACAUCACAUAAAGUGCGGAGAUUUUUAAAAGCAUACUUCAGAUUGUGAUUUGUACAUUUUGUAUGUUUGAGUCAAACCGGAUUAAUAUUUAUAGGUUAUAGACUUUGUAUGGGAAAAUAUGACGACUGAGUUUUUUGGCGCGUAGACGGACCGAGCUUGCGACAAAAAACGAGGUCGUCAUAUUUCCCAUUCAAAGUCUAUAACUUUUUAUUAUAUACUUUCAAUUUCAUUUAGAAACUAACAAUAAUUUUAUUUUAACAAUUUCUUUAUUGGUGUAACUAAGUAAAAGAUGAAAAAUUUGAAAAUUAACGGCGUAGUGUAUUGAUUGUGACGUAAUGUUUGCGGGCCGGAAUGUUUCCGGGCAUUUAUCGUGUGAUAUAUGCCCGCAAACAAGAAGAGAUGAAAUUGAAAGUAUAUAAUAACUAUGGUAAUCAUUUUUGAAGCGGUGUAAUUUGAACACUAUAACAUCUUUAUAAGAUGUAUCGAAUUGAAAAUAAUCACUAUGUGAUUAACAUGUAUUAAUUUGAUUCAAAAUAAAAAUUGCAUCAUG